GCUCCCGCCAUGGGCCCGCGGGAGCCGCCGCCGCUCCCGCUGCUGCCGCCGGGGCAGCGCCCGCGCCCGGCCCGGUGGUACCGGCUGUCGCCGCGCGGUGACCGGCCCCGCGGCCGGGUGGGCCACGGCUGCCUCUUCGUGCCGGGCGGCGGGGCCGGCCGCCUCCUGCUGCUGGGCGGCGCGGACCCCGCCGGCGCCUUCGCGGACGCGCAUUUCGUGGAGCUGGGCGCACACCGCUGGGCUGCGGCUGGCUGGAGCGGGCUGCGGCCGCGCUACGAACACGCCACGUUCCUGCCCGCCGCCGCCCCGCCGCGCCUCUGGGUGUUCGGCGGCGCCCACCCGGCCGGCAACCGGAGCUGCGUCCAGGUGCUGGACCUGGAAAUAGGAACCUGGGAGAGUCCUGAAGUGCGUGGUGUGCAGCCACUACCUAGGACGUUUCACACCUCCUCAGCAGCUAUAGGAGACUGUCUGUAUGUGUUUGGAGGGGGAGAUAAAGGAGCAGAACCAGUCAGAGACCAGCAGCUUCACGUGUUCGACACAGCCACCUUGACCUGGUCCCAGCCAGAUACUCACGGUGAUCCUCCUUCUCCUCGGCACGGACACGUCGUGGUUGCCGUUGGGACCAAACUCUUCAUCCAUGGAGGUUUAGCUGGUGAUAUUUUUUACAAUGAUCUGUUCUGCAUUGAUAUAAACGACCUGAGAUGGGUUAAGAUACCAGCCACCGGUGACAUCCCGGGAGGACGGGCAUCCCACUCAUCCGCUGUGUUUAAAGACCACUUGUACAUUUUUGGUGGCAUAGGGCCCGAGGGGGCACUGGAUACCACGUACAAGUAUGACACAGGGAAGCAGCAGUGGACGCUGGUGCAGUUUGCUUCCCCUCUGCCUGCGGCGAGGCUGGACCACGCCAUGUGCGUCGUUCCCUGGCAGACUGGCACGAGCGGAGCCGCGGGAGCUGGGACGGAGUCGGCUGUGUCAGCAGGUGACAGAGCUGACCCCCUCCCGAAGAGCCAGGAGGAAGAGGAGGGGUGUGCCGAGGACACAACGGUGCAUCUACUGUUAAUAUUCGGGGGGAUGGACACCGAGGGGGAAAUCUACAGGGACUGCGUUGUCAGCCUCAUCGAAUAGCAGAGCCGCUGCCCUGCGCAGCACCGGCCUUUGCUAGUUUUUGUAGAGCUGCCACAUUCCUUCUUCUUCCCAAUAAACAAAUCCUCACCCUCCCAGGGCAGCGCUGUGCUCAGGCACCCCUGGGGCGCACUGGCAGUGCCCACUGGAACAGGGGAACCAGGAGGGGUUUGUGCUGGGAGAGCGAAACACCCAGCUGCACAGCCACAGCCGGGCAACAGCUUCUUGAGGGGAGAAUUUGAAUUUUAGCUUUCACUACUUUGAAAAGGAGGGAAAACUAAAAAAAAAAUUGUUGCCCACAGCAGGGAAAAGGUGAAAUGCAGAGUGGUUUUAAGGAGGUAUUGGAUACAAAAUCUCCUUCUGUACUCAGAGAGGGAAUUGAAUUAAUCCCAUGGAUUCAAUAAGGACCACAGUUAAAUAAAAAGACUGAGUUCCCA